CGUAGUGUACGUCAUGACGUCUUAACGCGUCAACGCGGAAGUUCUGGUUGGACUUGAGAGGUUCUGAGCCACCGUUAGUCAACACUAAUAGUAGCUUAUUAGCUGCUAACUCGACUGAAAUAUGUCCGAUGAGGGAGAAACUGCACUACCAUGUGUUCUAAUAACAAGCUGUGAUCCUGGGUUUAAAGAAGAGGAGCUUGUCGUGCAGAUCUUGGGUGUAUCAGCAUUACCAGUACCCACUAAAAAAGAGGAUGAUGUGGUUUGGCAUCCAUGGACAAUCAACAACAAAUACUACACUGCAAAUAUCAGCCUUUGUGUCGUGCCAAGUCCAUUCAGCAUGAAUUUAGAAGUCGCCAGAUCCACGCAGGCUUUUAUUGUCUACUUUGACAGUAAAACUAAAGAUGGUCUUACAGCUGUCACGCCGUGGGUUGCACUGGUGGAGGAACUGGCUCCUGAGGUGCUCAUCUUGGUGUGUGACCAUGUGCGUGAAAACGGUGUAAGCAGACAAGAAGCUCAGCAGUGGUGCCUGGCUCAUGCAUUUGAACUGGUGGAGCUCAGUCCUGAGGAGCUGCCUGAUGAGGAUGAUGACUUUCCAGAGUCCACAGGAGUAAAGAGGAUCAUUCAGGCUCUCAAUGCUAAUGUGUGGUCCAGUGUGGAGAUGAAGGAUGAACACAAUCAGGGAUUUGGUCUGAUGAGCAGCUUGGUUGCAGCUCGUCACAACAACCCACGAUCUGUAGCAGAAACGCAGUGCCAGUCAAACCGUGCAGAUGAGAACACAGAAGGACAGAAGACAGGAAGCUGUGAGAACAGUACACAGGAAGUGGACUCAAUAGUAGACCCGAUGACUGACAUGGACAUACAGGAGUUGGCCAACCUCACUGCUGGAGAUGCAGAUGUGGACAACUUUGAGCGUCUCUUUACUAAACUGAAAGAGAUGAAAGACAAAGCGUCUUCAAUGCCACAUGAGCAAAGGAAGGUGCAUGCAGAAAAGGUAGCCAAAGCAUUUUGGAUGGCAAUCGGUGGAGAUCAGGACGAGAUUGACGGUCUGUCAUCAGGGGAGGAGAGCUAAAGCAGAAGUCCUCUCCCCAGCAUCAGUCUGUUGCCCAUAAUCCUCCAGCACUGCCGUGUGAUUCGCAGCUUGUCUCCUGGGCACUGGGCUGUGGCAUCAAGAAAUAUGUGGGCAUGGUAGACAGGCUCCUCAUGAUAUUCUGGUUAUUACUCUCUCCAACACCAGCACCUUUGUCACCGAGUGCACAGCCAUUAUGGGCUGCUGUCUUUUAAACACUGUAAUCUAAGCUGAACGGGAGAGGGUGCGGCAGGCAGACUAAAAACUACACCAGAGAGGACCUCACCAAAAUCUUUAAGUCCAUCCUUGUGUUGCAUUGUUGCCCUAGGAGUGUGUGCAUGUGUGUACAAGCUCUUUUUUGGUGUGAGGGCAGAACUUGUCCAUAAUUUUGUUCAGAAUAUAAAAGAUCAAAAUUAUGGAUAAUUCAGUGUGGUUGGUUGGCCAUUCAAAUAAUUGAUCUAAAUAAUCUUGCAAUUUUUAUAGUCUCAAUCUGACCAAGCUUCACUUUUAAUAAUGAACAUUUCUGACAUACUAUUCAUUAAAUUGUCUUUGUGUAUAAAAAUUGAUGUCUGAGACAUGUGGAAUUGAAAAUAUGUAAAACAAAAUCUUUACAAUCCCCUCACAAGCUGCACAAACUCCAUAAAUUCAGUUUAAAAUACACAUUUUAUUACAAAUCUUUUGAAUAACAAAAUUAAGCAAUAUAAUAGCUAAACAGUUAAUGUAAGGAAAAUCUAUGCAGGAACAGUAGUGGAGAAAAAAACACAUUUAAAGCAAACGGAAACGAAGCAACAUCAGAAAAAUAUAUAGGGGUAAUUAUUAAGCAUUGAAACCAUAAGACAGAAACAGAGAUUUACAUUUGCAUCACAUAAUGAGCAUAUGUAUGGAUAAGAACAUGAUACUACAAAGCGGUAUUUCAAUUUGAAAAAAAAAAAAAAAAAGAAAUCGACAAGAAUCAUAACCCUACAUGGACACUGCUGACACUACAGAUCCAGCAGGGUCCUCAGCACUGGAUGCACAGUUUAGGGCUCGGUGUUAAGAGAAGAUCAAACCACAGGGAUCAACAAUUCUGUAAAUGCAGUUCCUUACGACUUCAUUGAUGACACAGGCUCAUUUUCCAUAAAUCAGCUGUAAGAGCUUUGAGAGGAAUCGAGUGAGCGAUAUUUCAACAUGUGAUUGCCUGAGCUAUCAGCAGGAGGCAGCUGGGGUCUGCAGUGUACCUGCUCUCAAAUCAAGCACAACUGCUGAGCUUUACUGGUAACUCAAGAAUUGCAAGACAAUGCAAUUAAUCAAAAAGGAUCAAGUCUGUAAUUAUAUAAUCAUAACCUCAUAACUACAUACAAGGAAAUACACUGUAGGACCUGGCUCAAAAAAAAAAAAACACAAUUUCAACCUGUGUUAAAAAAACAAACCAAAAAAAAAAAAAAGUGAGCAUCCACUAGGAGCUGCCAGCAGUGUUCUCCUCACACUAACAUUCGUUCCAAAAAUAUCUUUAUAGUCUUCAAUAUACAAUAGAUCGCCCAUUUUCUUUGACACAGUAAUAACUGGCAGUGACAAAAUUGACUAUAUAUAAAUGUGUGCAAGAAGCAGUUUUCUUUCACAUGGCCAGAUGGACCUGAGUUUGAAUUUGCUGUUUGUUUGUUUUUCCUGCCAUACAGACUGGUAUAUUGUGAGUGAAUUAACUUCACAAAUAACUGCAGUGCACCCAUAGGAUGUGAAGGUCUAUGUAUAUCUAUGUAUAUCCUGCAUGUAUUUCUUGGGCUAGUUGUAUCUGCUAUGCGAGUGAAAAACCUGCAGGUAAGAUUGGGACUCUCUCAUAUCUAUAUACACAAGUGCAAGGGUAAAAGCAGUAACGGACGAUGAUCUUGGGUCGGCACACCCACAGGCUGCCUGGGUCUAAAAUUCAAGGUUGAGAAAUUUGAAAACAAACA